AUGGGAGAUUUGGUGCAGGGAUUGGAGAUCCACCAAAAAAUAAUUGAAUGUGGAUUUUUGUCAGAUGUUAUCGUGGUGACUGCCUUGAUAGAUAUGUAUGCGAAAUUUGGAAGCAUACAAAAGGCAUCCAACUUGUUUGAUAAAAUGUCCCCACGAGAUGUAACAUCAUGGAAUGCGAUGAUUAUAGAAGUUGCAGUUGCAAAUGCGUUGGUAGACAUGUAUGCAAAAUGUGAAAGCAUACAUAAGGCACAUGAAUUGUUUAACAAUAUGUCUCAACGAGAUGUGGUCUCGUGGAAUUCAAUGAUUGUAGGAUAUGCACAAAAUGGACUUUUUGAUAGGGCUUUGGAUGCUUUUAAGGAAAUGCAAUUGGCAGGUAUAAAACCAGACUCAGUAACCUUCUCCUGCAUCCUUCCAGCUUGUGCACAACUUGUAGCUAUGGAAUUGGCCAUGGAGAUUCAUCAAGGAAUAGUCAAAAAUGGAUUUUUCUCAGAUAUUGUAGUUGGGACUUCCCUAAUAGACAUGUAUGCAAAAUGUGGAAGUUUACAGAAGGCUUGCACAUUAUUUCACAAAAUGCCUAAAAGAGACGUGGCCUCAUGGAAUGCAAUGAUUGUAGGGUAUGCACAAAAUGGCCUUCUCGAUAAAUCCUUAGAUUAUUUUAAGAAAAUGCGAAUGGCAGAUGAAAAGCCAGAAUCAUCUACUUUUGCCUGCAUACUUCCAGUUUGUGCCAAACUUGGAGCACUUGAGCAGGGUAUGGAGUUCCAUCAAAACAUAAUCAAAAGUGGUUUUUCGUCAGAUGUUGUAGUUGUGACUGCCUUGAUUGACAUGUAUGCAAAAUGUACGAGACUGCGGAAAGCCCGUGAGUUGUUUGACAAAAUGUAUCAUCCAGGCAUAGUCUCAUGGAACACAAUGAUUUCAGGAUAUGCAAUGCAUGGCUAUUGCAAGGAAGCCCUUGAACUAUUUGAACUUAUGAAGCAUUCCGGAACAAUUGCAGACCAUGUAAGCUUAAUCUGUGUUUUAUUUGCAUGCAGCCAUGCAGGUUUACUGGAUGAGGGAUGUAAAUCAUUCAUUCACAUGAGCAACUCGUCACAUAAGAAUAUGAGGCUAGGAGAAUUUGUGACAAGAGUCCUUCUUGAGUUGGAUCCUGGAAACGCUGCACAUUAUGUUCUUCUGUCCAACAUAUAUGCAGACGCUGGCAUGUGGGGUAAUGUUCAAAAGAAUGGUGUUCUUGACGAGGCGCUGAGGCUUCUCUAUAAAGUUCCAAAUCGAGAUGUGGCCUUAUGGACUGCUAUGAUUACAGCAUGUGUGCAAAAUGGUGCUCUUGACUUGGCUUUGAAGUUUUUCGAAGAAAUGCCUCAGCGGAAUGUGGUUUCAUGGACUGCAAUCAUUUCUGGAUAUGCACAAAACGGGCAUUCUGAAAAAGCAUUGGAGAUAUUUAACCAAAUGCAAUUGGCAGGCGUAGAGUCAACCUCGGCAACUUUUGCCAGCAUCCUCCCUGUUUGUGCCAAGAUGGGAGAUUUGGAAAAGGGUAUGGAAAACCACCAAAAAAUUAUUGAAUGCAACCUUUUGUCAGAUGAUGUUGUUUUGACUGGCCUGAUAGAUAUGUAUGCGAAAUGUCGAAGCAUGCAGAGGGCACUUUGUUUGUUUAAGAAAAUGUCUAAACCAGAUGCUGCCUCAUGGACUGCAAUCAUUGCUGGAUAUAUGCAAAAUGGAUUUGUUGAUAAAGCCCUAGAGUUUUUUAAGCAAAUGCAACUGGCAGGUGUAGAGCCGGACUCGUCAACAUUUGCAAGCAUCCUCCCAGCUUAUGCGAGCAUGGGAGAUUUGGAACAGGGUAAGAAAAUCCAUCAAAAACUAAUUGAAAGUGGAUUUUUAUCAGACACGGUAGUGACUGCACUGAUCGACAUGUAUGCAAAAUGUGGGAGUAUACAGAAAGCUAAUUAAUUGUUUGACAAGCUGCCUAAAUGAGACGUGAUCACCUCAAAUGCAAUGAUUGUAGGAUAUGUACAAAAUGGGCUUCUUGAUCAAGGCUUUGAGCUUUUUAAGAAAAUGCAAUUAGUGGGUGUAAAGCCAGACACAUCAACGUUUGCCAGCAUCCUCCCAACUUGUGCUAAACUUGGAGCUCUUGAGCAAGGUAUGGAAAUCCAUCAAAAAGGAUUUCUGUCAAACGUUGUAGUUGUGACAUCUCUGAUAGACAUGUAUGUAAAAUGUGGAUGCAUACAGAAUGGAUACAAAAUGUUUGACAAUAAGCCUCAACGUGAUGUGGCCUCGUGGAAUGCAAUGAUAGUUGGAUAUACACAGAAUGGACUUGCUGAUAAAACCUUGGAGAUGUUUAAGCAAAUGCAAUUCGUAGGUGUCAAGCCAGACACGUCAACCUUUGCCAGUAUUCUGCCCGCAUGUGCCAAGCUGGGAGGUUUGGAACAGGGGAUGGAGAUCCAUCAAAAAAUAAUCGAUAGUAGAUGUUUGUCUGAUAUCGUUGUGACUGCCUUGAUAGACAUGUAUGGAAAAUGUGGAAGUAUACAGAAGGCACGAGAAUUGUUUGACAAAAUGCAUCAUCCAGGCGCAGUCUCAUGGAAUGCAAUGAUCGCAGGAUAUACGCCCUCAAUCUCUUUGAACAGAUGAACUACUUUGGAACCAAACCUGACCCUGUAAGCUUCAUCUGUGUUUUAUUUGCAUGCAGCCAUGCCGGUCUAGUGGACGAUGGCUGUAAAUACUUCAAUGGCAUGAGUACAUUUUAUUCCAUCAUACCUAGAAUGGAUUAUUAUGUAUGUAUGUAUGGUUGACCUUCUUGGCCGUGCUGGCUAUCUCGUGGAAGCCUUCUACUUGGUCAUCAAAAUGCCAUUAAAACUUGACAGGGUUGUAUGGAUGUGUUUGCUUGGUGCUUGUAGAUCACAUAAGAAUAUUGGGCUAGGAGAAUUUGUGGCUAGACUCCUUUUUGAGUUGGAUACUAAAAAUGCUGCUCCUUAUGUUCUUCUCUCAAACAUCUUUGCAGAAGCAGACACGUGGGAUGAUGUUCAUAAGGUAAGGAAAUUAAUGAUAGAUAGAGGAAUUGAAAAGCUACCUGGAUGUAGUUGGAUUGAAGUCCAUACAAUGGUACAUGUUUUCUGUUUAGGUGACAAAUCACACCCACAAACACAGGAGAUCUAUACAAAGUUGGAUAAAUUGUUGUGGGAGAUAAAGGGAGCAGGGUAUGUUCCAGAUACAAGAUUUGUAUUGAAUUGCAAUUGCAUUUGGGUUGUUGAAAUCACCACCUGGAACUACUAUCAGAGUUGUCAAGAACCUUCGAGUAUGUGGGGAUUGCCACAUUGCGACUAAGUUCAUCUCCAAGGUUGCUGCAAGAGAAAUUCUUGUGAGGGAUGCAAACCGCUUCCAUCUUUUUAAGCACGGCCAAUGUUCCUGUGGAGAUUACUGGUGAUUAUGAGGAAACAAGAUACACACGCAGGCAUGCUGUAGAACGAGGUGCAUGGUUUCAAACUUGCAAUGGUAUUGAAGAGGUAGAUCAUGAUUCAUAGUACCGUCAAGGAAGUACCUCUACAACUUUGGACUGAUAAGCUGGACUAUAACGCAUAGGAAAGGGAAAUGCAAGAGAGGAAUACUUUAAGGGCCAGCAUGAAAUGUGAGGGAACUUACAAUCAACCCAAUGCUUGGAUUUGACAGAGAGAGCUUCACUUUAUUCUUGUUGGAUUAUUCUAUUAUCCUUUUCUUAUGUCAGGUCUGCUAUCUGGGCCUAAAUUAUGCGUGCCAAAUUAUAUAUGCAUGUCCACAUGUUUGCAUUGAUUUUGUGAAUUUUAUGGCCACGAUGCAAGCACAUUUUGCAAGCGUCAAGUUAGAUCUUAUCCUAGCCAGGUUAAUGGGUUAGGUUGUUCAAAUAUUGUUAUUGGAAAUUCUUUAGGGAGAGGAGUAACUUCUUGGACUUGCAAAGAUGCCAUAUAUAAUCUAAAUGCGAUUCCCCUCAAAAUCACAAUCUUGGAAUACGGUCCUGUAAAAAUCAUAACGAGCUUGUAAAUGUCAUUGUUAUACAUUUUUCACUUUCAGUUAUAAAUGCACAUUUAG